GAGGUUUCUCGAUGCAACACGUUUGCUCCUGUUUAAAGGUGUGAAUGUCCGAACCAACGACGACACUUAGCAGCUUAGUCAGCCUGGAGCCAGCAGUCUGCCAGGAGUUCAGGACCUCCCUCCCCCCUCUCUGUGCUCCUGUACGAACGUGCGGGCCGACCUUCCCCUCCGGAGGAUCAGCAUGACAAAGCACUGGCCGGAGCAGACCCUCUUUGCACCGCCCGCUCUGUCCCACCUGGGAGAACAUCGCAGUCAUCACCUUGACUUCCACCGAAAUGCGCAGCAGAGUUUCCAGGCCAGGGGUGUAGCGCGGAGCUCCGCAGUGCAACAGUGGCCUCCACACCUGGCUCAGAUGGUUCCCCAGCAAUUGUCGCGCGCGGAGAAACCCACGGCAGGCCACGAACAUCUCGCCAGUGCCACGGCGUUCAUGGACUCGGCCGCGCUGGCGGGGUCGUCCUGCCAGAGUCCUCAAGUUGCCCACUUCACGCAGGAAACUAUUGCCGGGGACUCGUGGAACGGUGAACGGGAGAUUGGUGGUACCAGCGGUGGGAAGAAAAAGAACUACCAGCGGUAUCCAAAACCACCGUACUCGUACCUCGCUAUGAUCGCUAUGGUCAUCCAAAGGACCCCAGAGAAGAAACUGACGUUAUCCGAGAUCCUCAAGGAGAUCAGUACUCUCUUCCCAUUCUUCAAAGGAAACUACAAGGGUUGGCGGGAUUCUGUGCGUCACAACCUCUCCUCUUAUGACUGCUUUGUGAAGGUGCUGAAGGACCCAACGAAGCCUCAGGGCAAAGGCAACUUCUGGGCAGUGGAGUUGAGCCGCGUUCCUCUGGAGCUCCUCAAGAGGCAGAACACGGCGGUUUCGCGCCAGGAUGAGACCAUCUUUGCCCAGGACCUGGCCCCUUAUAUCUUUCAGGGACACCAGCCAGAAUCGGAGCCUCCACCUGCCCCCACCAUGCCCACCAUGUGCUCGAAACCCCCCACCCCGCCGCAGGAGGACUUUUUCCAGCCCAAGCUGGACUCCUCCUUCGCCAUCGACUCUCUGCUGCACAGCCUGCGACAGCCUAGUCCCUCCGGGGUCGUGGACGCGUCCGGCAGGGACGGCUGGGGCAAGGCGGAGCGCCCUCGGCCCUCGCCGCCUCUUCGGGCUCGCUACGCCUCCUCUGCCCGCAGCGCCUCGGCCAGCUCGGCCAGCCCGCCCUCCACCUCCUCGUCCGACGAGGAGUGGAAAGGCACCUCCCUGUCCGGGAAGCGCGUUCCUCUCGACGGGGAAGCCGGGUCGGACGGAUACGAGGACUACAGGGCGCCGCUGCAGAAGUCGGCCCGGCGGGAGAUGGUUGCGCACCCGUGGGAGCUCCCGACCUCCUACGCCAAGUAUGCACCGCCCAAUGCUGUUGCCCCACCCAGCAUGCGGUUCAGCGGAGGGCCCCUGAUGCCGCUGCACGGCGGACUUCCCCUUUACGGCUACGGCAGCUCUCCUGUAGCACCGAGCCACUUCUUGGGGCAUACCUACUGGCCCAUACUCCCAAGCGGACGGGUUUCGGUCCAAGCCCCUCCCCUCAUAAUGGACCUGGACAACAUGUUGCAAUCUGUGCCUCCGAAUAAGAGUGUGUUUGACCUGUUAGUGCCAACCAAUCAUAACUCUCAUCAACACCAUCAACCACCCAGUCAGUACACACUACCAAAUGGCCCUCCCUUAAACCGGUAUUCUCAAUACUGACUUGACUGAAACACUGACUUGUGGCUUCAUACCGCCACUCAAAUCCCACUAUGAUGCAGGACGGGAGGUUGCACACCCACAAAGGAAACCCAUUUCUGCAGCGAGUCCUGCUGAAUCUAAGCUUCACUACCUCCGGCUGAAUGUUUAAUAUGCAAACAGAGCGCUGAACUACAGCGUGUACAAGUGAUGAAAAGACCUUUCUCAUCAAUGUGGAGUAUUAACUGGUUUCAUUGGAAAGAAAGGCACCACAAAGGGCUACAUAAGAUCUACUUCAGGCUUUCAGGGAAAUGCAGUGAGUUACUUGGAUGGCUCCUUGCACUGUCAAUCGCGUUUGCACUGUUUUAUAUAUUGGCAUGAAUUUGCUUUCUCACACAAGUUCUACGUUGUCUUCCACCCGUGAUGACUGAAUGUAUGGUUGGAUUUAAUCUUGAAGUUUACACAUGGGGAAAAUCCAGCAGCAACGAGCUGGGUGGUUGAUACUUUGUUGCUCAUAAUAACUUCCUACGUAUCAAAUGCAAUAUUUUAUUUUUGGUGUAUCCUGCUUUCUAAAAAGAAUAUAGAAUGUUUAGGUGAAUAACAUCAUUUAAAAAAUGUUUCUUUUCUUUGUCAGGGUAUGUCUGUGUGCACAGAGCAAUGUGUACACAUGUUUUAUUUGAGUUUUAGUGUGUUUGUUCAGAUGGUUAAAUAUACAGGACAUGUUGUUUACCUCAAUGUUGGUCUUGUCUUAAAUUUCCGUACGUCCGGACUGUCCCAUGCAGCUACAACAGCAGACUAACCAGCGAGUGAUACUGCAUGUUUGCCCUGUAAAUGUCUCAGGUUUUGUAAUGGGGAAGAAAAAAAAAACUAUCAAAUGCUGCUUGUUGUCAGAUCCACCACCACCAAUUUCUACCUCAGGUUUUAAACGGGCCGAGAAAAGUUUCUUGUGGCCUCUGCACUGUCGGUUGUUUUGCACUAUAUGAUGUCAUUAUUAUUAUGGUCAUCUAACGUAAAAGGCUUGUUAAUAUCUGCGUGUGCCUCGUCAGGUAAAAGUUUUGUUAGUUUUCUACCAUUUGCCUGUGUUUUUUACAGGACUGUGCUGAAGUGUAAACAGCUUUAGGUUUAAGUGUAAAAAUAAGCUUAUGGAGUUGAACAGGGUAUGAAAUAAAAUGUUUGUUUUUAAAUGGGCUGCUCUGUAUUGCAUUUGAAAAGGAGUCAACUAAAAUGGCAGAACAGUUUCUUUUUAUAAUGUGCAUUUGUAAAUCUUGGAUUCCUUAUAAAUGUAUCAUUUCUAUGUUACUUGGUUUUAGUAUGUUUGUUCAGAUGUUUUUUAAGUCCUUGUGUGUCUUUAAAGCUGGGCGGUAAAUCUACGCAACUACAACUCAACGAACAGCUGUCUUUAUUUUACCGUGAAUCUAUAGUUUGUUAAAGGAAAAAAACAGAUUUCUGGGUUCAGUGCAAAAUUAUAGUCCUUCAUUUGUUUUAAUGCUUGUGGCAAAUUAAGAAUGUGGCCGUUUUCGCAUGAGAACCUAUGCUUUGACAUCUAUAUAUUAAACUAGAAUUA